AUGACACCUGAGGAAUCGAUCGCGCUCAUCAAAGCCAAUCUGGCUGAGGUCUUGCACCCCGACAUCAUCGACGAUGUUAUUCUCAAGGACAAGCGGCCACUACGGGUCUACUGGGGUACGGCCACAACUGGAAAACCACACUGUGGCUACUUCGUUCCAAUUGCUAAGAUUGGAGAACUCCUCCAAGCAGGAUGCCAUGUCAAGGUACUGCUCGCCGACGUCCACGCCUACAUGGACAACAUGAAGGCGCCGUUCGAGCUGAUCGCCCACCGAUCCGAAUACUACAAGUUCUUGAUCAAGAGCAUGCUUCGAGCCAUUGGCGUAGACAUCGAAACCGCCAAGCUCGAAUUUGUUACGGGCAGCUCGUACCAAUGGGACAAGGACUACAUUAUGGACAGCCGAAGACUGGAAGCCAUGAUCAAGCUUUCUACUGCCCGAAAGGCAGGUGCCCAGGUGAUAAAGCAAUCGGAAGAUCCCUUCUUGGGCGGUUUGAUCUACCCGAUCAUGCAGGCUCUGGAUGAACAGUACCUCGAUGUGGAUUCACAACUCGGCGGGAUCGACCAGCGCAAGAUCUUCACCUUUGCCUUGGAGAAUCUUCCCAAACUUGGCUACAAGAAGCGAGCACACCUGAUGAACGCCAUGGUGCCGGGCCUUGGAGAGGCGCAGAAGAUGAGCUCAAGCGAGCCGAGUUCCAAGAUUGGUCUUCUGGAAACGCCAGAGGAGGUUGGCAAAAAGAUCAAGAAAGCCAUGUGCGUCCCUCAAAAGGUGGAAGGAAACGGCGUCAUCGCCUUCAUUGAGCAUAUCAUCUUUCGAGUCAAUGCCUUCAAGUCUGGCACGCCAAGCUUCACGGUUGAGCGACGAGAUGGCGAGUCUCUGGUUUACAUCGACAUUUUGAAGCUCAAGGAAGACUAUGAGCGGGACAUUUUGACACCGCAGAUGAUCAAAGCGGCGCUCGUGAAGGCGUUGAAUGAGAUUUUGGAGCCUAUUCGGAGGGAUUUCCAUGCAUCAGCUAAGUGGCAACAGGCUGCUGCGCUCGGAUACCCAGCUGAAGAAGCCAAAAAGCCCCCCGCAUUGAGAAAUGCAAAGAAGAAGACCAAGACGGUUCCGAUCAUAACAAUCACUCCGUCUGAUGAUGUCUCAAGAUUGGAAGGGGCAUAG